UUAACUUUGCAAACUCCACAUCGUCAUUUGAAUCCGGGUCCCUGGGGGUGCAAGGCAGCAGCGCUAACCGCUGAGUUAUUGACACUUGAAGCAGAGCAAACCAGAUAAUUACUUAUGCAAUACACCACGAAAAUUUGAUCUGCAGCAAGUUCAGACACGACCAAAGUACUUGGAAUCUCGAAUUCAACUGACAACGUUCCCUGGAGCUUUAACCACACCCGGCUGAGUUUUAUAAUUCGACCACAGCCAGUCUUGCUCUAAACCUAUUUAGCUUUCACACUGUUAACCUCGUGUGAAGUUCCAGAGCAAAUAAAUAUUUCUCCGAGAAUCCCUGCAAAAGUCAUCGGGAGCUAAAGGAAUCCAAAAUCAAAUCGGUUUGAAUUACAGUGUGAACAUGGCUUCCAGGCAGCAGAUUAAGAGUUGGGCCGAAGAGGCAAUUUGUUCCAUUUGUCUGGAUUUCUUCGCCGAUCCGGUUAUCCUGGAAUGUGGACACAACUUCUGCCGCUCAUGUAUCACCCAGAGUUGGGAAAAGAAGGAGAUAAACUCCUGCCCGGAAUGUAGAGAGGAGUUUCCGGAAAGAAACUUCAGGGGAAAUCGGGCCUUAGCGAAUCUGGCCGAGAAAGCUCGAAAAUUAAAGCUGGAUCCGACAGAGAAGGAAAGUAAACCUCACUGUGAGGUACAUCAGGAAGAUCUGAAGCUGUUUUGUGAAACUGACAAGAAAUUGAUCUGUGUGGAUUGUGUCACUGCUCCGGAACACAGAGAGCACCGCUUCAUACAGAUUAAAGAAGCUAUUAAAUACUACAGGGAUCAGUUGAAAUCCUCCUUAAAUUCUCUCACAGAAAAGAAAUCGAUAGCUCUACAAAUGGAACUGACCCAGAAACGGAAGAUUUCCGAAGUGAGGGAACAGGCGAGCAGUCUGCAGACCCACAUCACAUCCGAGUUCACUAAAAUACACCAGAUUGUCACUGAGAAAGAGCAGCGUUUACUCAGAGAUCUCAGGGAAGAAGAGGAGAGGAUUGUGGAAUCAAUGCAGAAAAACCUUCGAGAGAUUCAGGAGAAUUUAAAUUCUAUUGAGGAGAAACUCUCAAUUGUACAGAAACAGAUGGAGCAAAAAGACGAGUUGAUGUUUCUGAAGAAUGAAACUCGCCUGAAGAAAAGGAUCAACGAUGAGUGUCACCUACCCUCAACAGCAGAAUCCGCUCUGUCUAUUGGAAACUUCAAAGGUCCCUUACAGUACAUAACGUGGAAAGAAUUGAUGCGCGGCAUUAAUCCGGCUCCAGCCUCUCUGACUCUGGAUCCGAACACAGCGAAUCCCUGGCUCAUCCUGUCUGAGGACCGGACCAGUGUGAGACUCGGAGACAAACGGCAGCCGUUCCCUGACUCCCCGGAGAGAUUUGAUCCCCUACCCUUUGUUCUUGGAUCACAAGGAUUUACAUCCGGGAGACAUUACUGGGAGGUGGACGUGGGAGGAAAGACGGAAUGGGGUCUGGGAGUGGCUCGAGAAUCUUUGGACAGGAAAAGAGUCAAUAUCUUGAACCCCGAGUCCGGAAACUGGACUGUGGGACUGAUUCCAGGGAGUGGUUACUUUGCCGCCACCUCCCCCUCACCGACACCAUUCAUCCAGACUGUGAAUCCCAGGAAGAUCGGGGUUUUCCUGGACUAUGAGGGCGGACAGGUGUCAUUUUACAAUGCAGGCACCAUGUCCCAUCUCCACACUUUCACCCACACUUUCACUGAGAGGCUCUUUCCCAUCUUCAGUCCAGGACUGAAUAUUGAUGGGAAUAACUCCGCCCCGCUGACAAUCUGCAGUAGUAAAAACCCCUAAUAAAUCCAUCCCAUAAUUUCACCCCGUCCCCCUGCGUCCGGCCAGCUGUAAACUGAUGGGGGUCGGUCUCAGUGACGGGUGGAGAGAGAAGCCAGGUUAACAUUACGGGGAUAAAUCCUGUAUCAGAACUGGGAACUGAAAGAAUUGCAAAGAGCUGUGUAGAGUUAGGGGAAAGAAGGACAGGGGAGAGAAGAAACAAAUAGAAGCUCAAUUGCAGUGAGGGACUGACUGGGUAGAAUGAGCUGUGAGCUGCAGGAACCCGGGGACCUUCCUGCCUGUAAUGUUGCUCCACAGGCGGGAGGUGGCGCUGCCAGACGGUGUUGGAGAUGAAUCAGUCAGUGGGUCUCAGACUGGGCUCAGGGGAGUCUUUCCAAGGGGACACCGAAUCAUUUCACCGCCGGUGCACUUGGCGUCUAUCCAGGGAGACACCAGAUCAGAUCACUAUAGAAUUAAGUGUGUGGGGAGUGGAAGUGACGGGAAAAAAAGUAGCUAGCAUCAAAGUUUAUAUUAUCAGCAGUUAGUGUCAAUCCUACAUGAUGUGGAGGUACCGGUGUUGGAUUGGGAUGGACAAAGUUCCAAAUCACACACCAGGUGAUAGUCCAGC